AUGAAGUUUUCUAUUAAAGUUGCUGCUCUUGCCGCUUUGGCUCUUUUUAGUUCAUCUGUCAAUGCUGAUAGUAUGUCAGAUGCUAUCGAAGCUUUUUGUGGAGGACUUGAUGUUACCACACCCACUACUAACGAUGUAGUGAGCCCAGGACAAAAUGCUACGAUCACAGUUACUCGUGUUCAAAACAACUAUGAAAAGACGAUUACUGGAGUAGACUUAUUCUCUGUUGGCAGUGACAACAACCCUAAAUAUGUUCAAAACAUCUGGGCUGGCAAAUACCAAUUAAGCACUCAAGCUACUCUUACAGACACUAUUCCAGCCAACGUCACCGCUGGUGUUUAUUAUUUCCGUGUCUGGGUUACCAACGUCGUCAACGGUGGCCAUGGUCCAGAUUGUCUCAAGACUUCUCCCAACUUCAAGGUGACUACAGGCGCUCAUACUAACGAAGCUGGCUUUGUCUCUUAUAAUGAACACUUGGACGAUCCCAGCAUUUACAAUCCUGAUCAUAUCAAGGGUUGCUUCGGUCUCAAGGUUCAAAGUCCUAAAGAAGGUGAUUUUGCCAAGCAAGGCAGUCAUGUUGCCAUCACCUUGAACCGUGACAGUGCUUCACAAACAGAAUACUUGACCAAGGUAGACAUCUACAAGAAGUCAGAAAGUGGCCAAGAUGAACUAGUUGAUUCCGUCUGGUCUGGUCGUGAAUUACUACCUAACGUGAUCACCCUUAAAGAUCAAAUCAAGAUUCCUCAAGACAAGUAUGACUCCAAUGCUCAAUACUACUACAAGAUCCAAGUCACCAGCUCCGCACAAAGCAAUGAGCCAUGUACCUUCCAAUCUGGCUACUUUAAAAUCGUCGCCUAA